CACUUCCCCAGCGCCAGUCUCCGGCCGGGCUAGACACGGUUUGUCCACUUCGAAGCGCUACAACUAUCUUUCGGAAGUUUUCCCGGCUUUUUUUCCCGCUUCCCCAAUUGUCGAAGACCUCUCGAAAGUCCCGCGAAAGUCCUUGUGCGAAAGCGGAAGGUGCUGUGAGUGGUACUCUUAUUCAUAUUGGAGACAACAAAUCACAUUACUUUUAUCUAGGACAGUGUGAAAACAACAGAAAAGUGCAUUCAUGUGAGGUGGUGCGAAUUUCAUGAGGAUUUAGCUAAGGAACUCGGCACUGCUGAGAGAGAGAAAGAAGUUCCACCAUGCGGGAGAGGAGAUGGCUCCUACUUAUUUUGUAUGGUAUUCUGUUAGCCACAGCAGUUUCGGGAGCAUUGAAGGCCUCAAGACCGAAAUUCAAAAUUGCCACAACAUCGACAACAACGUCAACCGAAGAGCCUCGAGCAGAAGAUAACGAAGGUGACGAACUUGAGGAUCCAACGUCACUAUCAAAUGAAGGAAAUGGUACCACAGGCCACACCUUAACGGGAAUUCCCCAAAUCGACUACAUCUGGGAUCCAAAUUUACCACGUGAAUUAAAUGGGUAUAAUCUCAGUGAAUAUCCAUUUUACAACAGCAUGCCAGAGGACAUCGAUUUUAAAUGCGAUGGACUUCAUGAUGGAUUUUACGCUAGUGUUCCUCAUAAAUGCCAGGUCUACCAUCACUGUCUAUACGGCACUCGAUAUGAUUUCCUCUGUGCGAACUUCACCGCCUUCGACCAAAAAACCUUUAUUUGCCACUUCGUAUCUGAAGUAGACUGCGUAAACUCGAAGAAAUACUGGCACAGAAAUGAUGCUCUUUAUCAAGCAGCGACGACGACCACUUCCUCCACCACCACUACAACGACCACAACAACCUUACCACCGCCGACCGCAACAUCCUUAGGUCGUGCCGCAUCUCGAGAUAGGGAACCUGGAAGAAGAAGAAGACCUUUCAGAAGGCGUCCGGCCUACGAUUAUUAUGAGGAUUAUUACGAUGAAGAGUAUGAUCGAGGUAGGCCUCGUGGAUAUGAUAGAAGAGAAUAUGAUGAUUAUGAGGACAGAAAGUACAGACGGGAUAGAGAGAGGGAUCGAGAUUAUCGGGAUAGAGACUUGGCUCGACCUAGGGAUCCGGUACGACCAAGGGAACCAGAUAUACCUUUAAGGGAUGAGAGGGAGAAGGACAGUGAGAAAACUCCCAGAGAGAGAUUUCCAGCGAGACCUAAUAGGAGGAAUCCGUUGAUGGGUGGAAAAGAUCCUGUGGAAGAAAAUCCUAGGAUUAGGAACAGAGACCAUGACAGUGCGCCGAGAAGCAAGGAUAUAGAGGAUGCAGAAUUGGAUGAACGCAGGGGUUUGGAUUCAAGGACUAAAGAUGAGGAUGAUGAUCGAUAUUCCGACAAGAGGUUCAAAGACGAUUACGAAGAUAAAGAUACAGGUCCGACGGCUACUGCGUCCAAUGGAAAUACAGAGGGACUUGUAAAACCCGCUGCGCCAAGUAGUUCAGUUUACGCAAGGCCACGGGCACCCCCGAAAAUCCGUAGACCAGUUCCACUUGCUGAACAGGACCGAUUCGCCUACAAGGUCACCUCCACCCAACCGGCCAUAGAGGAGGGCCGGAGAAGGCCAGUUGAUCCUCCCCUGGUAGAUGACUAUUAUGAUGAUGAACUUGAGGAUAUCAGACCUCGCCGACCUAUUAGGAGGAGGCCUGCAAUUAGGGAACGUGAUAGAAAUUUCUACGAAACGAGAGAUAGAGAUCUAGAACGUCCCUACAGAACGAGGUACCGUGACGAGGAGGAUGACGUGCGACUGAGGAAGCACCCUGAACGCCCCAGGGAUCGUUAUUACGACCGAGAACGAGGACUAGAGCGUGGCCGAGAUCGAUCACUGGAUCGUGGGAAGGACAGAAAUCCGGAAAAAGUGGCAGAGCGUGAGAAAGAACGAACAAUCAACCGGUCUCAGGAAUCGGAAAGACCAAACCUGGCUCGACCAUCAAAUCGUGAAAGGGAAUUUGAUCGCUUCAAGUCAAGGACAAAAGACCCGCAGGAAUCAAUCGAGCCCACGCAACGUACUAACAUAUACGACAGAACCACCACUUCUACAACUACCACAACCAGCACAACCACAAGCACCCCAAGUUCUCCAAAGCCAAUCAAGGAGCAAGGUAACUACGAAUACCCUGCAGUUCAUCAAGAGCAUUCUAGAACUUCAAAAUAUAAAUCUACUCACGUUACUGAAGCAGAGGAAUCUACUACUAGAGAUUUGCCUGAAAAAUACUGGAGACCUACGCAAAAGCCAGAUCUUCUAGAGAAAGAAGAGGAAGAUGAAUAUGAAGCAGAGUACUAUGAUGAAGAGGAACCAGUGACAACUUCGCCACCAAGGACAGCCAUUAGGAUCGUAAAAAGACCUUUCCUUCCUUCAAGAGGUGGAAAUCCCAACCCUAGAGGACUUUUGCCUGUAGGUUCAAAGGCAGCUGGUGGAAAGGACGAAGCUAAACCAGAAAUAGAUUACCGUGAGGAGCAGAAGUCUAAGGACACUUCGGAUGAUAAGCAUGAUUACAAUGCUUAUAAAGUAAUUCAAAUAGAUAUGCUGCACAAAAUACCCGAAGAACAUGAAUCUAGUGCAAGGAGUCAGAACAGAAGACCAGAAGAAAACUUGCACAAGAAACCAGAGGAGCCGGUUCAAAGAAGACAGGAGGAGACCGUUCAGAGAAGACCUGAGGAGCCAGUACAAAGGCGCCCUGAAGAACCAAUUCAAAGAAGGCCUGAAGAGAUAACACACAGAAGACCUGAUGAGCACAGGCAGAGAAGACCUGAUCAACCAAUGCAAAGGAGGCCUGAAGAUUAUCAAAGACAUCCUGAGGAACAAAGACGCCCCGAAGACCAUCAAAGCAGAUCUGAGGAAUCUCAUCAAAGACGACCCGAAGAAAUUUCUCAGGGAAAAGCAACACCCAAUUGGUCGGUGGACUACCAAAUCCAAAAUACAGAUCAAGUAUUUCCAACAUCUUCAAGCUCACCACUACGGAAUAGCGGACGUGUCAUUCCCGUGACUGAACCUCCCAGUCAUUAUUCCAAGGAGGAUCAUGAUCAGCCGACUGGGCCCGGAAAUUACAGAGUAAAGCAGCGCUUAAACGAAGUAACGCGACUUCAGGAUAUUCCAGAGAGUGAAUACGAUGUGGCCUUAAACGAGGCACUCACUCCGUCUUUGAACCAGGAUGCAAACCUGCCUAGUGGUUUUAUUCUUCCUCUGCAUAGACAGAUAGGUAGAGAUGCGAUUCUGCAGCCUUCAGAAGACUCUUUCAAGUUUUCGAGACCUAUUCAACAGCAGCAACAGAAAUCCUUUGUGCCAAGUCCUCCCUUUGUCCAACCAGCUGCAAUAUCGAGGAGCAACAAUGAAAGACCGAAAACUGUAUACUACAGAACUCCAGAGCCGGCACAUAUUGCAGGGAACCAGUAUAGACAACCGAGAGGACAAUGGUAUGAUUACACAGGAUAUUGAAGAUUUGGAAGAAUAGACUAAAUGAAAGGUCUUUCACCAGUAGGAAUCAGUGAAGCAGAAGGACCUUAAAAGGAAAUUUUGUGGAUUGAUUAGAAGAGAGCUGGUAAAAGGGAUGUCUAGCAAUUUAAAAAAUUGUAAUAAGAUCCAUCUGAUGCUGAAGAACAGAAGUGUCGAACUAUUUUAUGGGGUAUUCUGCUUCAGAUUUAAGACGAUAAAGAAAUGAUGACUUCUCAAAAUCAAUUUAAGUUCUCCUGCUUCUAGCCCCAAAAUUUGGCUGCUGAGAAAAACUAGUAGGAAUUCCCGAGUCAUUAAAGUAUUAUAGCAAAAGGAAAGAAUUAUUGCCAGCAGCAUUUUUUAAGACCUUGAUUCAAGUGUGAGACUUGGUGACAUAAUUGGAACAAAUAUACUCAAGAGAAUUUCUCUUGAAUGCGCUGUUUGACAUUAAGUAUUAUUUGUCUAGUUCUCAGAGAACGAUGCUUCACUCAGCAUUUUAGAGAUUAAUUUCGCAUGUGCUGUGAAUAUUUUUCUUACAAAAGAAAGUAUACAUUACGCGUGCGCAAUAUAUCUGUUUAAUUAAAGAGCACGUAUGCGCAAUUUUAUAAAAAGAAUGUAUGUUAAGAAUGCGCAAUAGAUCCUAUUGUUAAAAAACAUAGAUAAAGCAGCAUCUUUGCACGCAUUCGCAAAAGAUAGUUUUGUAUGAAUGCAUGAAUGGAAAAAAAUCGACUUCAAAUCGUCUGUGUCGUAACUAAAAUUGAAGAUAUUGUCAAUAAUCUUCUUAAGCAGAGAUUUUCUGUCAGACUAAAAUUAUUUUCUAAUAGGUUUAAGAGUAGAAUCACUUCGGAGAGAGCGUGUAACUUCGAAGGCGUUUGUACUUUUUAAUGAAACUUUGUAAAUAUACAUUGAUUCACGACUGUUUUCUGAACCCUUAUGUUAAAUUAUUCUCUGCGAGGGAUCCAACAACUGCGUCGAUCAUGUAUCAUUCCCUGGACACCACAAAUAGUGUGAAGAUUGCCACACUGAGUCUUCCGCGAGUAGACGUCCUACUUAUUGUAAAUUAUGUACCUAAUAAGAUCUUU